AUGAAGUGGUGGAGAGAGUCCAGAAGAAGAACGGAAGGAAAGUGGAACUGCUCAGCCCCCUGCCGCCACCGCCGCAGCCGGAGAACAAGGAACAGGAGAAGCGAAGUGAGGAGAAGCACAAAGCAGAGGAGGAGAAGGAGCAAGAAAGGUGGGAUCUUUUUGGUGGAAACGGGGGUGCAGACGGCGGAGCCGGCCCUGAAGAGCUCGGAGGUGACGGUGAAGGGCGUGUUCGACUCGGCGAGCCUGGUGGCGUACGUCCACAAGCGGCAAGCGGCGGUGGUGAAGCAGGAGACAGAGGAGAACACCAAGGCGGCGGAGAAAGAGAAGAAGGCGGAGACGGAGAAUGGUUUGCCGUUCGAUCAGUGAGCCCUUCCAAAUCAUUGACUAAUGCUUGGUGGGGGUUCAACAGGCUGCUCAGCUUGGAUUGUGGUCCUCAGGAUCAGAACACAAAUGAUUUCUUGCAGAUAAGCAUGGAUGAGGGUAUCUCCAUUUGUGUUUGCAGUUGGUGUGAGCUCACAGAAGAAACUUCCAACAGCCAGCACUUGAAGAUAAGGCCCCCCCCCCAUCCAUGUCUCCUCUUUGGAGAGCAAAUGUGACAACAACAACAGUAGCACUAACAAACACCUCUCCUUCUUUUCUUUAUCAUUAUCAUCAAUCACAUACCAAAACUCUCCACAUAGCAAAAAUCAUAAU